CCGAUGGCAUCACAGCGAAACUGCAAUGUGGGGACACAUGGCUGCCUAGCUGUAAACCAAAACCAUCCUCCUGGGUAAAAGCAGCAGUACGCUCAGUAGCUGAGAGAAAACCUGGGAAUGCUUCAGAUCAUGCAUUCAGAAGGCUGGAACCUCACCAACCCUGUCCUGAAGAACUAACAGAUGACCACACAUCAGAGUACAGAGGAUUUUUUACUGCAUCCAGGCUGGAAUUAGCUGGAAGAUACUACUCAGGGUGAACGAUGAACAACACUGCUAAGUGCCAUGAUGAUCACACCCUGGACAAGUAUUUGUUUCCAAGUGUGUACAGCAUUGUGAUGAUGAUCAGUAUUCCCAUCAACUGCAUAUCCCUGUAUGCAUCUUGCAUUCAGGUGAGGAAAAAGAAUGAGUUAGCAGUCUACAUCUUCAGCCUGUCCCUAGCUGACCUUUUGUACUCUCUGAUUCUGCCCCUAUGGAUCGAUUAUGCCUGGAAUGGAGAUAACUGGAGGCUCUCUGCCUUGCUUUGUCAGAUUUCUGCCUUCCUUAUGUAUAUGAAUUUCUACACCAGCACUGCGUUCCUUGCUUGCAUCUCUGUUGACAGGUACCUGGCAUUAGUUCACCCCUUGAAGCUCCAGCACUUGCGCACAAGAAGAUUUUCAUUGAUUGUCAGCAUAAUUGUUUGGCUUCUGGAAAGCAUCUUGAAUUCAGCCAUAUUGAUGAACAACGAAGUAUUCAAUGAUCCUUGCAAUUUCACUAAUCACACGUUAUGCUAUGAUAAAUACCCCCUAGAAUGGUGGCAGGCAUGGAUGAAUUUAUUCCGGAUAUGUUCAGGGUACCUGGUCCCUUUGAUAAUCAUCGUGUUUUGCUACCACAAGAUCUACCAGGUAGUGAGAUGUAAUCAAGCCACACUAGACGAAGAAAAGAAAAAAGUGAGAAAACUUAUUCUGAAUAUCACAGUUACUUUCAUUGUUUGCUUCACUCCUUAUCACGUUAUGUUGCUUAUUCGCAGCAUUAAAGAACCUUACAGCACUGACCCACAGCUUUUGCAGCUGAUGUAUAAGGUUUACAGAGUCACACAGGCCUUUACAAGUUUCAAUUGCAUUGCUGAUCCCAUUCUUUACUGCUUCGUGAGCGAAACGGCACGAACAGACAUACUGAAUUUGCUCAGGUGUCGCUUGUGCCUACGAAAGCAGAAGGGAGACCAAGCAAAAGACCAUGCUCUGUGCAGUUUUGCUACAAAGAGCAGUGUGCUGAUCACCCACAGAACUUCAGGUGAAACAGAGACUGAGCAAGCACAUUCAUAGAAAAAUCGGAUAACCUAACGGAGAAACAAAGAAAAAUGCUUCCCCAGUCUGUACCUAGACAAUACCCCAAAAGUCACGGAUACUAAUCUAAGUGAAACCAGUAGCUGGAGCUACUGAGAGCUUAUCACAGGAUCAAUGAACUCAAUGGACUAUCAACAUGUAUCUUUAAAUCAGGUGUGGUAGAUAAACAUACAUCAACACACACACACAGAGCCAACAAAGAUGAUCGUGACACACAACAAAAUGACUGAGGAUCCCCCACAGCACUGCCCCUGUCACAGCUUGCUGGCUAGCCUGGGUGCUGGGCAUGCUCAGCUGGAGUCCUCUUAACCUAGUCAUUUGUUUUCAAGCUUUAGUAGAAACCUAAAUCUUAGCUGUGAAGGAGUCCCAAAAGGGCUUUUUUUUUUAAAAAAAAAAAAAAAAAAAAUCAGUGCUGUGAUAGAGAUGAAUAAAACACACACACACACAGAGAUCAUUCAAAUGAUUGACAAAGGAGCAGAGGGAGGGUGGUAAAUCUUCUCGCUAAUUUUGUGGUGUAAUUUAUGCUGCUAUGAUGGUUCCUGUUUUUCAGUAAUGACUCGAGUUCUCCUUCUGCAUACCCUGGCAAUUAACCACUUCUUAAAACUGUUUACCUCAUGUGGACGGGUACUUGCCUGCUCUUAAGCUUUUCAGCUUUUGCUGUCAUUGAAAAUAGCAUUCUAAUGUAUAACCAUAUCAUGCAGUUUCGUUACAAUAUCAAUAUUGGGUUUCAGGUAGUUGCAAGAUUCAUUACUGCAAGACUCUAUAAAGAAUGGAAUCUAGCCACCAGUGCUUUAACUCAGAUGAAAUUUUUCCUGAUAGAUGCAGGGAGGAAAGAGAAGGAUUGAAAGGUGAGGUUUCACAGCUCCACAACAUAAAGGACCAGCCUUUAACUUUGCUUAUUAUGACUGAAAUCUGGAGCGUGCUUACGUUUGCAGAGUCAAUUGAGCAAGAAGGUUUAUAUCCGUUUACUUAACCUCGGCUGAAGGUUCCAGGGUUCUGAGUCUGCCAGUUUUAAAAAUAUCAAACAACGAACCUGCAAGCAAUACUGACAAACAAGCAAAGAACAUGUGUGUACCAACAAAUGGUAAGAACGGCAACAAAAGCACACACAUUUUGAAAGGGUUGAAGACAGCAUGCAUCAAAAGCACAGCUCUUAAUUCAGGGACCAGCUCCUGCGCAGCCCCUGCAAUGGCUGUGUGGUUUGCUGCUAGCGGCGGGCACCCAAACUCUGAAAAGACUUCAAACACCACGGAAAGUCUUUUUUUUUUUUUUUUUUUUUUAAUCCUCUCGCCACUUUUCCCUUUUGUCAUGCCAGGAAGAAUAUUUGGGUAUGGUGGUUGUCUAGUUUCCUAGGAAAUUAUUUUUUUCACCACCACCACCAAAAAAAUCCCCCUCUAGCAAGUCUGUGUAGUGGAAAGAUUUUUGACCAGCACUUACUUCUAGGUCUGGCAGUAUACUUAGAGGGGGAGCAUACAGUGGUCACAAGCAACAUGGAAAUUCUUCUGAGAAGAUCCCUUAGCAUGUAAAUUAUGAACAUCUCCGUUACGAAAAGCCACUUUUGUUGUUUUCAUUAGUUCCUCUUUAUGUCUAUUUAUACUUUGAUUUCACAUUCUGAGAGGGGAAUUUGAGAGGCUGAGGAGGCUGGGCUUGUUCAACCAGGAGAAGAGAAGACUUUGGGCGACCUAAGGGCAGCCUUGCGCUACCUGCAAGAAGGGGAUUGAGAAGAUGGAGCCAAGCUCCUCGCCAGAGCAUGUAGCAGCAGGACAAGAAAUCAUGUGCAUGACUUGAAGCAAGAAGGGUCAGAGUUGAUAUAAGGAAAAACUUCCAAACCAUGAGGACUGCCAAACAGCAGAGCAGGUUGCACCAAGAUGUUCUGCAUGCUCUAUCCUGACAGGUUUUCAAGACCCAGCUGAACAAAACCCUGAGCAACCUGGUUUGGCCACAUAGCUGACCUUCCUGUGAGCAGAAGGUUGACUAGAGACUUCCUAAGCUCCUUUCCAACCAGAAUUAUCCUGUGAUCCUAUGAACUGUGCAUGUCACGAUUCUGGCUGUUGCCAUCCUCCCGAAGAAAGCAUCUUCGCUUCCCUUCUUUGUUUCCAUUUGCUGGACUUUGGUUUGAUGUAGGGUUUUUUUCUGUAAUACCUUCUUAUAUAUCACAAAGGAAAAAAUAUGCAAGCAGCAUGCAGGUUACUUCACCACAGAUUUUUUUUCCUGUGCUAAUAUAUAUAUUUUGCUACAGAAUGUGAAAUUUCACUACAGCACUGGAAUAAAAGCAGAACCAAGCUUCACUGUAACUUCAUGGAAAAAAAGUACUCAGUGGUUCACUUCUAGACCUUUCAUAUGCCAGAAAGGUUAGAAAGUUAAUUCUUUUGGACUUUUAAUUUAUUUCAAAUAAAGAAUAAUGAAAACUAAGCAACAAAACUGAGUCAAAUUUACCUUGUGUGUUAGGGAGUAGUGAGAGCCGAG